AUGAAGAUUCGGCUCAUCCUGGACAUGUUUGUCUCUUGCAACGGUCCCUCUAUGGUCAUAAGCAAGCCCCGCGGGCAUGGUUCAAGUGGCUUCACGACUUCUUACUGUCUGCAGGUAUUCCUCCUUGUCUACGUUGAUGACAUUAUCAUGAUGGGCAGAAACGCCACCCUAGUCAGCACUUUACUUGGUCGCCUUGCUUCUGCUUUCAAAAUCCAGGAUCUCGGUAAACCAGGCUUUUUCUUUGGCAUUGAAACUAUUGAAGCUAGUGAUGGUAUGAUUUUGUCUCAGCGUCACUACAUGACUGACUUGUUGAAUAGGUAUCGACGUAUUGUUGGGGCGUUGCAGUAUCUCACUAUUACUUGGCCUGAUUUGUCGUAUGCUGUCAAUCGCCUAUGUCAGUUCAUGCAUUCUCCGUCUACUGAUCACUGGGCCAUGGUCAAACGUGUGCUGCGGUAUAUCAAAGGCACUCUCGACUAUGGGUUACGCCUGAGUUCUUCUCCAACUGCUUCUUUUCAUGCCUACUCAGACUCUGACUGGGCUGGUUGUUCGAUUGACAGGAAGAGCACCAGUGGGCAUGUUGUUUUUCUCGGGUCCAAUCUUAUCUCGUGGCUCUCCCGGAAGCAAGGAAUUGUGGCACGCUCCUCGACUGAAGCAGAAUAUAAAGCCUUGGCCAAUUUUGCUGCUAAGGUUACUUGGGUUGUCUCUCUGUUACGUGAGCUAGGGCUACAUACUGGUCAGCCGUCCAAUUUGUGGUGUGAUAACUUAGGGGCAACGUAUCUGUGUGCCAAACCGGUUUUUCACGCCAGAACGAAGCAUGUUGAGAUCGACUAUCACUUCAUUCGUGACAAGGUUGCAACGGGGGAAUUUCUGGUUAAUUUUGUUUCAACCAAGGACCAACUAGCUGAUGUCUUCACCAAGCCGCUACCGGGUCCAAGAUUCGCCGCACUUCGGGACAAGCUCAAUGUUGUUUCUCACCAACCUUGUACUUGA